CCGUGCCCCUGAGAGCCCGCCGACGGCGCAGACCCCUCGGACUCCAUAUCCCGUCGGCCAGCGGAGCGGGCGCCGGAAGCCCGCCCCGCCCCUCAUUGUGCGGCUCCUACUAAACGGAAGGGGCCGGGAGAGGCCGCGUUCAGUCGGGUCCCGGCAGCAGCGGCGGCGCCGUCCUGUUCUCUGGCUCUCCUCGCCAUCUCUCCUCCUCGCUUCCGGAAACAUGGCCUCCGGUGUGGCUGUCUCUGAUGGCGUCAUCAAGGUGUUCAAUGACAUGAAGGUGCGCAAGUCUUCCACACCAGAGGAGGUGAAGAAGCGCAAGAAGGCGGUGCUCUUCUGCCUGAGUGAGGACAAGAAGAACAUCAUCCUGGAGGAGGGCAAGGAGAUCCUGGUGGGUGAUGUGGGCCAGACUGUCGAUGACCCCUACGCCACCUUUGUCAAGAUGCUGCCAGACAAGGACUGCCGCUAUGCCCUCUAUGAUGCAACCUACGAGACCAAGGAGAGCAAGAAGGAGGACCUGGUGUUUAUCUUCUGGGCUCCUGAGUGUGCACCCCUUAAGAGUAAAAUGAUUUAUGCCAGCUCCAAGGACGCCAUCAAGAAGAAGCUGACAGGAAUAAAGCACGAAUUACAAGCAAACUGCUACGAGGAGGUCAAGGAUCGCUGCACCCUGGCAGAGAAACUGGGGGGCAGCGCCGUCAUCUCCCUGGAGGGCAAGCCUUUGUGAGCCCUUCUGGUCCCCUGCCUGGAGCAUCUGGCAGCCCCAGACCUGCUCUCGGGGGUUGCGGGCUGCCCCCUCCCUGCCAGACCGGGGGGGCUGGGGGGAUCCCAGCAGGGGGAGGGCAAUCCCUUCACCCCAGUUGCCAAACAGCCCCCCCACCCCCUGGAUUUCCCUCCCUCCAUCCCUGACGGUUCUGGCCUUCCCAAACCGCUUUUGAUCUUGAUUCCUCUUGGGUUGAAGCAGACCAAGUUCCCCCCGGGCACCCCAGUUUGGGGGGGGCCUGUAUUUUUUUUAACAAAACCCUCAUUCCCCACCUGUUCCUCUCCCUUCCCAUGCUGCCAACUUCUAACCGCAUAGUGACUCUGUGCUUGUCUGUUUAGUUCUGUGUACAAAUGGAAUGUUGUGGAGAUGACCCCUCCCCCUGCCGGCUGGUUCCUCUCCCUCUUCCCUUGGUCAUGGCCAUUUAUGGAAGCAGGACCAGUAAGGGACCUUCGAUUAAAAAACAACAAAAAAAAGACAAUAAUAAAAAGGCUCAUUAAUGG